AUGAUAGCCUACCAGUGCUCGAACGUUAGCGUAUCAGUCGUGGAUAAAGACCAGAAUCGUAUCCAUGCGUGGAAGUAUCACUCCCCUCCAUUCCGAGAGCCGGGACUUAUCGACAUCCUGGCUGCCAUUCAAGAACGCAUCAGAGAGUCAGUGGCUCAGAAUGGCACACAGCUGGAUGCCUUUGGCGCAGGCAAAGGAUUUUCUCUGGAUAUGGCGAAUGUGCAAAAUGUCGCCAGAACAAUCGCGCAGGUCGCAACUGGGUAUAAAAUAAUUGUCGAGAAAUCUACAAUCCCUUGCGGGACAUCUGACAUGCUCCGAGAUCUGCUUCACACCAGCUCUACAUCCCACGCACGAUUCGAGGUCCUUUCAAAUCCAGAGUUUCUCUCCGAAGGAACCGCUAUCUCCAACCUGCUCAACCCUAGCCGAGUAUUGAUUGGAUGCCAACAAAAUCCUCCUGGACAGGCAGCAGCAGAUGCGCUGGCCACACUCUACCGAGCCUGGAUCCCCCCCAGUGCAAUCUUGAUUCUGUUACGACAGCAUGCGGGCUAG